GCGGAGGUGACGUGACCCGGCCGUGCUCUCCGUUUGCCCCGCCGCCCUCCGCAUGCUCCCUCCGUCUUCCUCUCUUUCCUGCAACUUGUGAAGUCCGUCGGUUGUGCCAGCGUUUAGUCUAUGUCUUUCGCUAGAUUAUCUCCACGCCUGGCUCCUUGUCGUCGUCGUUCUCCUCUGCCUACUUGUCAAAGUUAUUGUCCCAGCUCCUGCCGUGCUCAAUUCUCCGUCAAUAUCAUACGACCCGCCAUGAACCUUGACUCACCCGACGGGGUCAGGUCGCCCAGCACCGCCGACACCAAACACCCCAAGAAGCUCAUCUUCGCACCCGGCGACAUCGAAACCCCGACCCCAACCGACCCAACCGACCCAACCACGCAAUCCUCCGCCCCGGAAGCCUCAUCAGCAGCCGCCGCCAAACAAGCCACCAAAGAAGAAAGCGCCGCCGUCGCCGCCGCAUCGGCCCUGCGCACCGACACCUCCACGCCGACGUCCGCCACGGAGCAAGACCUGGUGGCGCACGCGGCGCGCGCGCACCAAUUCGUCUCGAACCCGCCGCUGACGGUCUCGCAGCUGCACCCGACCAACCCGCUGCACCAGUUCCACACCUGGUUCCGCGACCCCCGGCUGCUGCCGGCGUCGGCGCCGGAGACGUGCACGCUGGCCACGGCGGCGCUGCCGUCCGGGCGCGUGAGCGCGCGCGUCGUGUACCUGAAGGAGCUGGACGAGCGCGGGUGGACGGUGUACAGCAACUGGGGCAGCCGGGAGGGGAAAGGGCGAGAUGUGUUUGGGGUUGGGGAGGCCGCGGACGGGCCGCGGCCGAUCCCGCAGCCGGGGGCUGGGGACGAGGCUCUGCAGGCCGAUCUGGGUGGGGGCAAUCGCUGGGCGGCGUUGACGUUCCUCUGGUCGGCGCUGGAGCGGCAGGUGCGCGUCGAGGGUCUCGUCGAGCCGCUCUCGCGCGAGGAGAGUGAGCUGUACUGGCGCACGCGCGAGCGCGGCAGCCAGAUCGGCGCGUGGGCCAGCUGGCAGAGUAAGGUGCUGUGGCGCGCGGAGCCGGAGACGCUGCUCGAGCGCCGCCGCAACAGUCUCGAUCCCACGCUGCAUCCGGUGCCGCGCAAUGUCGAGGAGCGGGAUAUCGACGACGGGCGCGAGGUGCUGGAGGCGCGCGUGCGCGAGGUCGAGCGGCGGUUCGAGGGCGUCAAGGAGAUCCCGCUGCCGCCGUUUUGGGGCGGCGUGCGCCUGGUGCCGGAGUCGGUGGAGUUUUGGCAGGGCCGGAAGAGCCGCUUGCACGAUCGGUUUAGGUAUGUCAAGGUCGGGGAGGAGAUGGGGGCGCCUAGAUGGCGGAUUGAGCGGUUGUCGCCGUAGAUUUUGAGGGGGUUGGGAGCAUUAGACGGAAGAGCCAUGCUUUAGAUGAGAUGAGAUGAGAUGAGGUUAUGGUUGUGCUUAUGCUUAUGAUAAAGUGCAUGAGGUAUAGCCACGAAGACUUCUGUCGUGGCAUUUGUA